CUUUGUGACUCAUGCGUUCUGCCCCACAAACGGGGUCCCCGCAUUUUCAAAGGGGGUGCGUGACGGAAAUGAGCUCCACUGUAGACAAGUCUCAUCUUUCCCCCAGGAGGCUCCGCUUCCCAGCCCCUUUGUUCAGUCCAGCCGGUGGGUUGAGUCAGAGGGAGUCCGCGCGAGCCCAGCAAACCCACACCACCGUGGGAACGCCGACGCGGGCCACAAGACGAGCGCCUCGGCUCAUCCCGGGGUCCAGCCCGAUUCUCUUUUCUAACCUGACACAUGCGGCGGAAAAGUUGAUCGCGAGCGCUGCUGAUGCUGCGCGCGACGCCGUCCACGUCGCCCGUCGUCGUCCCCGCUUAGCGUCCAGCGCGCGUCCCGAAAUAUGGGAGCGAAGCAGCCGCGCUGCUGAGCCGCCAGCGGAGCAUUGCUGACGCGGUGCGGUCGCUGCCACCAUCGUCGGAUCCACGCCGACUCUCGCGUCCAGUUUCCUGCUCAGCAUCCAUAUUUGCAUCCCAGGGAGUGGCAGCCACUAAUUCGUCCCCCCCCCCUUUUUCCUGGCAGAAAGAAAUCCAAAGUUGCGCGGCACCGGGCGGACGCUUUCGUUUCACGCAGACGUCUGGACAUGGAGAGCGCCGGCCACCGCCGCCGCGUCUAGCGCCUGACUCCUCCAGCCUCCGUCACCCGGGGAGGAGCACAUCAGAGGACGCCUCCUUGCUACCGUAGAAUGAACAUGCUCAAGUCCAGCGGACUGAAGAUCCCCGGCCGCGGGCCCAAGCAUUCCAGCCCAGUGGGGAGGACCUCAGCUGGUGGAACAUCCAGCCCCGUCGCCCCUAAAGACAGCGCUCCAGUGAAGCCCACCACACCCACUAAGAUCUCUGAAGAGGGCGAUGACGUGUUGGGGGACUACGCGGUCGGGGAGCAGGUCUGGGUCAACGGCGUCAAAGCCGGGGUGAUCGCCUACGUCGGGGAGACCCAGUUUGCGCCCGGACAGUGGGCCGGCGUGAUCCUCAACGACCUAGUUGGCAAAAACGACGGCUCGGUGAGCGGCGUGCGCUACUUCGAGUGCCAGCCGCUCCAGGGCAUCUUCACCCGGCCCUCCAAGCUGGCCCGGCAGCCGGUGGGAGAGGGGAGCGACAGCCACUCCACCGACUCGGCCCAGAACCAGACCCAGGGCGGCCCCGCCGGCCCGCGGGUGGUGGUGCCGCUCAGAGAGGGGCUGCUCAACAGCGCCGUGAAGACGGGCAACGAGUCGGGGUCCAACAUGUCGGACAGCGGCUCGGUGAAGAAAGGCGGAGACAAGGACCUCCGAGUGGGCGACCGGGUCCUGGUCGGAGGCUCAAAGAUGGGCGUCAUACGCUACAUGGGCGAGACGGACUUCGCCAAGGGCGAGUGGUGCGGCGUGGAGCUGGACGAGCCCCUGGGGAAGAACGACGGCGCCGUCGCUGGCACAAGGUACUUCCAGUGUCUUCCCAAGUUUGGGCUGUUUGCUCCGAUCCACAAGGUGAUCCGCAUCGGCUUCCCCUCCACCAGCCCGGCCAAGGCCAAGAAGAGCAAGCGCAUGGCCAUGGGGGUCUCCUCUCUGGCCCACAGCCCCAGCAGCUCCUCCAUCAGUUCAGUCAGCUCGGUGGCCUCCUCCGUGGGCGGACGACCGAGCCGAGCUGGGCUGUUAACAGAGACAUCAUCACGCUACGCUCGGAAGAUCUCUGGCACCACCGCUCUGCAGGAAGCCCUGAAGGAGAAGCAGCAGCACAUCGAGCAGCUGCUGGCUGAGAGGGACUUGGAGCGCGCCGAGGUUGCCAAGGCCACCAGCCAUAUAUGCGAGGUGGAGAAGGAGCUGAGCGUCCUCAAGGCUCAGCACGUGCAGUAUGUCACAGAGAACGAGAGCAGCCUUCAGCAAGUCAAAGCCAUGUUGGCCGGCGCUCAGAAGGACAAACUGGAGCUGGCCAAUCAGCUUGAAGAAGAGAAGAGGAAAGUGGAGGAUCUCCAGUUCAGGGUAGAGGAGGAAUCCAUUACCAAAGGAGAUCUGGAGGGGAGGUUCUCUGGUGGUGCCGGAUCCUUGAGGUUGGGCAGGAGAACCAAGCAAACUACGGUGGAAGAGCAGAGUCGCAUCGUGCAGCUGGAGGAGGAGCUCGCACACACCAGGGCGGAGAUCAAGAGCCUUCGGGCUCAGCUCAGAGGCUCGGACUCGGGCUCGCAGCAGCCCGACGCCCGGGGCGGUGCCGCCGGGCCCGACGCCGAGCCGGGAGCGUUGGCGCCGCCGGUGGGUCACGAGCACUGCAGAGGCAGCAGCGACGCUAACGAGAGGCACCAGGCGGUGCUAGCGGCAAGCCAGCAGGAGGUGGAGUCACUGAGGGCGGUGGUGGACAGGCAGAACCAAGAGAUCAGCGAGGCCAAGCAGAAGGUCCAGCAAGCCACCAAGGAGAACAUGGAAAUGAUGGACACUUGGAAGACUAAAUUUGACACUUUAGUGACUGACCACCAGCGAUCCCUGGAGGAGCUGAAGGCUUCACUGACUAGUGAUCAUGCUGGAGGCCAAGAGCAGGACGCCCAGGAGCUGAGGGCCACCCUGGACAGCCUGAAGAUGGAGCACCAGCUGGAGGUGGAGAACCUCAAGGCCAAACACAAGAUCGAGGCCGCCAUCCUGACCAAGGAGCGCGAAGACCUCUGCGCCCGUCUCCAGGAGGCCGAGGGCGACCGGGCUUCAAGGGGCGAGGCGGAGAGCAAGGGCGGCAGGCCGGCCCUGGAGGACAUGGCCGAUAAGCUCCAGAAGACGGAGCGGAGGCUGGCGGAGGCGGACAGGGGCGCGGAGGCGCUGCGGGAGCGGCUGGAGCUGUCGGAGAAAAAGAUGAGCGACUACCAGGCGCUGCAGAAGGCCCAGGCCCAGAGCCAGGAGGAGAUCCAGAGGCUGGAGGAGGAGCUGAGGGUGACGGCCAACCAGCUCCAGGCGCUCCAGGCCGAUCGCUACACGUCCAACGACGCAAACGUAAUAGAAGAUAAUGACAUUUCAGACGAGAAGAUGAAGCUAAAGCAGAAUAUUGAAGAAACAACAGAAAAGUUGUUGAAAAGAGAAAAAGAAGUGUCUGCUCUCACUUCCCAAGUUGAAGCUCUCAAAUCCCAGAUCGGAGCACUGGAGGGCAAAGUCCGCUCGGUGGAGAAGAAAGCGGACGUCCUGGCCAAGGAGAAGGUGCGCGUGGAGGCAGAGCUGGAAACCAUGACCAAGAAGUCCCAUGAUGCCUCUGGGCAGCUGGUCAGCAUCAGCCAGGAGCUGCUGAAGAAAGAGAGGAGCCUCAACGAGCUGCGGGUGCUGCUCCUGGACUCGCAUCGCCAUUCCCGCGACAUGGAGAAAGACCUGGGCCGAGAGGUGCACAAGGCCGAGUGGAAGGUCAAGGAGCAAAAGCUGCAGGAUGACAUCAAGACCCUGCGAGACAAGCUGCUGCUGCUGGGCAGGGAGCGGGCAUCACCUGACCACCGGCGCUACUCCAUGCUGGACCCCUCGGCUCUGGACUCGGAGGUGAACCGCCUGCGCCAGCGGCUGCUCGGCACCGAGGAGGCCCUGAGGAACGCCCUGGAACACAACCAGCAAGUGGACCAGCUGGUGCAGGCGAUGCGCAGGCAUCCAGAUAAAAGCCCGGUGCAUGGUGCAAAUUCAGCCAAUGGAAUUCAUCAUCAGGAGUCUGACGGUACUCAAGACGUUGGAACAACAUUGAUGUGAACGGACAAGACGGGAACACAAGGAAACAUGCUGAGCUGCUUGUUCCGGAGGAACAGCCCGUCGGACGCGUCCCCGAGUCGGACGGACACCUGAAGAACAUUUCAGUUUACAGUCAAUACCAAAACGCUGAAUCUCUAUCGCGAGUGAAUUUAUGUGUUGUUGCAGAAAAGCACCUAUUAGCCAAUAAUGAAAGCCGCUUAAAGUACUGUAAAAGAACAGGAAAUGGUACAUGGACAUGAAGAAAUUUUAUUGGUUCACCUGCUGAUAAUGUACAAUGUGGCAACUUUUAUUGCUUUACAGUAGUUAGUAAGUUUGAAACCACAAGUUGCCAGGAACUCUUUGACAAUUCAGAUUUUGGAACGCAAAAGCAAAAUGGCCGACGGACGGCCACGCGACGGACGGAGGAACUGGGUUUCAGUUGCUUUGUUUGAUUUAUUUAUUACCUUUACUUUUGCUCCUCGGCUUUGUAAUAAUCCUCUGUACUGUAGGUGGCCAGUCACAGCUGGGGAAGGACGACAGGCGCUUUGAGGGAAUUUUACUAAUUCAUCGCCUUUUUUAAUACCCGACAAAAGGACUAGUAGCAAAACGUUACAGAUUCCCUUUCCUCUGUUCCCCUGAACCUGCUUUAGUGCACAACUAAUUGUGAAUGAUCAGCAUAAUUGAAAGUAUUAAAACGGAUCAUGAAAUUAA